GCCCCAGAGCGGAGCGAGAGACGCGUGGGCAGGGCAGCGCAGCAGAACCGCAGCAGCAAGCAGCAGCAGCAAGCAGCAGCAGCAAGCAGCAGCAGCCAGAGCGGGCCAUGAACGCCAGCCAGCUGCCCGGUGCGCCGUCCGUUGCGGCCAGCGUCAACGGCUCAGCCGACCACUUCGAGGGCCUCGCCGUGCUGCUGCAGCUCAAGCCGCUGUUCGUGCCGCUCUACGCGCUGCUCACCCUCGUCGGGGUUGUGGGCAACUCGGCGCUCAUCGCCGUGAUCGCGCGCACCCGCCGCCUCCACACCGUCACCAACUUCCUCAUCGGCAACCUCUCCCUCUCCGACCUCCUCGUGUGCGUCACGUGCGUGCCCGUGUCCGUGGCGCACGCCUUCGAGCCGCGCGGCUGGCCCUUCGGACCCGCGCUUUGCUACUUCGUGACCUUCAUGCAGCCCACCACGGUGUACGUGUCCGUGCUGUCGCUCGCCGCGAUCGCCGUCGACCGCUACGUGGUGGUGGCGCACCCCAUCCGCCGGCGCGUCUCCGUGCGCGCCUGCGGCUACGCGGUGCUCGCCAUCUGGCUCCUGUCGGCCGCUCUGGCCUCGCCCGUGGCGGCCAACACGCUGUACAACGACUUCAGGCCCCAGGGACACCAGCUGGUGGUGUGCGAGGAGCUGUGGUACGAGCGAGAGGGCCAGCGGCUCGCCUACUCGUGCUCCACCGUCUUCAUCUCCUACAUGCUGCCCCUGUCCACCAUCUCGGUGUCGUACUGCGCCAUCACGGCGCGCUUGGAGCGCCGUGCGAUGCCCGGGGCCAUCCUGCGGCAGACGCAGGAGAAGUGGCGGCUCAAGAAGCGCAAGACGUUCCGCAUGCUCGUCCUCUCGGCGCUCACAUUCGCCAUCUGUUGGCUCCCGCUGCAGACCUUCAACCUCAUACAUGACUUCGACGCGCAGGUAGUGAUCAUCGACAAGCGCUACUUCAACGUGGUGCAGCUGUCCUGCCACUGGCUGGCCAUGAGCUCCACGUGCUACAACCCCUUCAUCUACGCGUCGCUCCACGACAAGUUCAAGGCGGAGCUGACUCGCCGCCUGCUCACGAGGGGCGGCCGGGGAUCGGCGGGUCGCACCCCCGCCACUCGGAGCCCCCCCUCGGCGCGCACGUCUCACGUGCACGUGAGCUUCGCCAGCGGAGCCUCGGAGAUUCUGUCCGCGGGAAGGGGCGGCGCGCAGCAGGCUAGCGAGUUGCUGUGA